UAGAUUUCUUUUUUGAAAUGUGAAACAAAUACUACUUACAGUAAGCAACUUACUAAAUAUAACCUAACACAGGGUUUUUUUAUUUUCCGUAAUUAGCAAGCAUGAUCAUACUUGAAUGACUUAAAAAUGGCACAUUAUCAGCGAGCGCACUCGCAAAGCGGGAGCACAAGCCACGAUAUCUCCGAGCUGAUCCGUCGUCGUGUGUGCGAAAGACUGCAAUCGGAAUUGGGCAGUGCGUCGGACGAUGCGGACCUGUCCGCACGCUGUAACGCUUUGCUGGAACAGCAGGACAAUCAGCUGCAAGAUCUGCGCCAGAAGGCUGAUGUGGCGGAACAAGCGUUCUUGGAGCGGAAGAGCCAGCUGAUUGCUGAUGGUGAACGCACACAACAGUUACUCCUCAGUGCCACCACGGAGGCCACGGCUGUGCUGGAUCGGCUGCGAUCUAUUAUGCCGCUAGAUGAGGAUAAUACGGAGGAGAUGAAGGGAGUGCUGGAUAAAAUCAACCAGACGAAUAUGCAGCUGCAGUAUCUGCAGCGUUUGGAAUCCAUCCAUGAUCAGUGCGAUCGUAUAAGGAGUUCUUUAGCAUGUGGAGCCAUGAACGAUGCUUUGAAUUUUCUACAGCAGUUGCUGGAUUGGUGCAACGAGUUACAAUCCUCCAAGUGUUCGUAUCUCCAGACUUUUUUGUAUAAGAUGACCGUGUUUUGGACAAGGAUGGUGGCCGACCGCGUUGCUCAAGAUCUACCCGCAAUUUUUGUUCGAAUUGGUUAUCCAAAACCCCCGUCACUGCAGAAGAAUUUGAGCGUAGCGAUUGAUGGUCGUUCUCGUUACGAAAUUGCUGAGAUUACCAAGAUCUUGCUGAAAAUGCAGUUGCCUGAUUUCGUGGUAAAUUGCACCGACACCGACGAAGCUGCCGUCUUUCUGGAACAAAAUCUUCCUGUCAAGUACUUCGUUGUACCGCUGGAAAAACGCUUCCGAUUCCAUUUCUACGUCUCCGAUAAAACCAACAAAAUUGACAAACCCGAAUGGUAUUUCACUCAGUUGCUGUCGUGGAUCAAGGAUUAUGCUGAUUUCUUGGCGAAUGUGCUGCAUCCGGUGUUUCAAUCGGAAGGUUUCCCCCAAAAUACCGUCAAGGUGGAUUUUGUGCGUGCACUGGCUUGUUUGGGACGAUCCAAAUUCUUGUCGAGUGUCCCUUUACUGCUAAAAGAACGAAGCUUUUUUGCCCAUGCUGUCGAUGAGUUGUUGGUGUUUUCACGGCAUUUGGUCAGCAUGGGCUAUGAAACCGUGGCGAAGGAAUUCUGUCGUGUCCUUAUCAUACCGGAAAUCUUUAAUCCCUGGUUCGAAGCGGAAUCUCUGCUAAUUGAGGAGCGGCUUGAUUCUUUUAUCACUGCGCCCGGAGCGUGGAAGAACAAGUAUCGCGAAGGCGUGGAAAAUCCGGAAGAGAUGAAAGUACCCCACUGCAGUCAGCAGUUCGUUUUGAUGUUGAGGGGAUUGAACGACCGGUUUCUAUUGUUACCGUCAGCUGAGCACGAGCUGAAAUUUGUGCAGCUGCUUUUAUGUGCUUGUGAGGAUUACAUUUCCGAUAUGAAAUCGUUUUUCGAGGAGAACCAGGAAGAUGAUUUGUUCUCGGCGACACAGUCUGGUCCUGCAUUAGCCGCGGGAUCGCGUUAUCUAUAUGACUAUCUCCAGGAGUUUGGAAACAGCACGUUGAUAAUCCAGCUUCUGUCCUCUUCCACACACAAUCCACCAUCAGCCAAUGCUCGUCUAGCGGAAGAGUUGUUCGACCGGCUGUCCGCUAUUCAGGACGAUCUCAGUCGGAUGAGUAAGACCUCCUUACUACGGACAACAACGGAUGCCGCCAUGAAUAUCGCCCGGCCUUUCGUGAGAGAAUACGCUCGGAUGGGAUGGAAGACAACGGGUGGAGUAAUGGAAUAUGUGGUGCCUUCCUUAACGCCGGUGAUUGGUGAAUUGAUAUAUUCCAUGAAAACCAUCUUGUCGGCACAUAAGGAACGCCUGCUUACGGUGUUAUAUGAGAAUUUUGUGCGGGAAAUGAUGACAUCUCUCGAUUUUCUGAUUUUUAACGAGGUGAUAAUGAAAAAUUCAUUCAGUCCCGGAGGUGCGGGUCAGCUGAAAUUCGACAUAAUGCACAAUCUGUUGGUGGCGUUGCAAAGGCUGACGAAUUUGCCGAACGCUGGGCUCACGAAAACCGUUGAGAGCUGCAGCGUCCUCUUCAUGCUAAAAGGAUCUGCUCUUUUGCUUUUGGAAGUACUGGACAGUGCCUCAAAAGGGCAUGCCAGUCAGAGUGAUCGUGAGAGCAUUACGCGAACGUUGACGGAAUUGAAUGUUAAAAGUCUAACGUCGGAGGAAGUGGCGGUGUUGUUAAGAAAGCGUGGUGAUUUAGAGAUUUAGCUGUCUUCUGUUCUCCGUGAAGAGUGUUGCAACGUUGUAAAUGAAAUGGGGGUAAAACUCAGUAUUUUUCUACUACAGUUUUCGCUAAUUUUGAUCGGUUUUUGGUUCUAGCAUUGGACUUAAUUUAAAUUCAAGUUUGCGCGGAACAGUGUACAUACUUGCUCUGCGUGCAACAGGAAGUGCUGAUGUAAUUACGUACAUUAUGUUCUAUGUUAACCAUGUAUAUCGGUGUCCUUUCCAAAAGAAGUCACAG